AUGUCCAUGUCCAUCGAGUCAUUCAUUCGAGUAGCUGAUGAUGUUCUCCACCGACCAUACGUUUCCCUGCUAUCAACACCGCUCGCUGAGCGCGAUGGGAACGCCACAGUCGAACAGCUUCCCGCAGGUGAUGUCCCUCUGACAAAGGAUGGCUCGUUGAACAUGACCGCCUGGAACAUGGAAACCAACGCUGCAUGCCGAUCAGCUCUGGGUGGACUGCACAAGAGCACAAACCCCUCUGGGACAUGCGUGUGCUAUAAUCUUCCCUCACUCGAUGUCAAGACUGGCGUUUUUGAGGCUGAUGUUCGACUGUAUCAAGUUUCUCAACCCAGAGGUAGUUUUGCCGCUGUUGCACCUGAGGACAUUAAUGUUGGAAUCUCAUAUAAGGGUGCAAGUGUCAUGCCUAUUCAGCCUGCCGAUGUCAAUGGCACAGGUCUAACAGGCGGCAAGCCUGGUAUGGGAAAGAGAGAAGAGGGAAUGCCGCUCCUGCAAUCAUAUAUGCUGGUUGGAAAGAUUGAUGCGAACCAGAUGACGGAUAACAUGACUAUGGACGAGCUCGAAUGCCAUAUCAUGCCAACCCUCACCCUCACUGCCCGCAACAGCACAGGCAGUAUCAUCCGCACCAAUGUCUCCAUCAACGAAGCCGCUUUUCUCACUGGCGUCUUCUCUCAAGAUGUUGUCAUGUCCGACUUCGCCAUGGCCUCAGCCGCCGUCGACGAUCAGAUUGCCGCUGUCAACAACGGCACUGUCGCCUUUGUCCUCCCAGGCGUACAGCUCAUGGUCCUCCCCAUUGGUCUUAUCAUGAUGAGCGUCUGGCUGCUCAUCUUCGUCUCAGCUGUUGGCUUCGGCACAUAUGAGCGCUACAACUAUGCUCUCAUGUAUCAACGCAGACAAGCUGUCACAAUGCCCAAGAAGGCGACAAUAUGA